AUGUAUGCUAAGCCCCAUUUAUCUUUGAGCUACAAGAAUACGAUGGCUUUUUUCUAUUUAUCUGCCAAUUUUCUUGCUCUGGUUGUAUCGGCGAGUUGUAUAAAGACUUCAAAAGGUAUCAUCUUCCGUUGUAGUGAUACUCGCGUUCCUUUUUACUUUAUUAGUUCCUGAUGUCUACAUCGUGUUUUUAAGAAAGUAUGGGCCAAAACCGUUUUCAUUGGUCAUCUUCAUUUCUUUAUCAAACACAGGACAUGCGCCAAACAUUGGGUUUGUCUUCACCAAUUUUCUUUCUCACAAAGGCUACUAUUUGAACAUUACAACUGUUGGUAGAGAACUGGUCCAAGACUCCUCUGAGUGCGCGUUCAAGUGUCUCGAGAAGGAUCCAUGUUUGUCCUUCAACGUGGCAGAUUUGGAUGAUAACAUGGACAAUCUGCUAUGUGAACUACUUGCAUCAGACCAUUACACACAUUCAGACAAGUUCAUCACCAACCAUCUUUGGUAUCAUCACAGUAUUGCGGUAAAAUUAGUUAUCUUAUCAUCAUGAUCUUUUUUUUUUUUUUUUUUUAACAUCCUGAUAAUAACUAAAACCAGUUGAAAUUGUUUGAGAAAAGUGUAUUCAAAUUUUCAACGAUAAUAUAUCUCUCUAUGGCUUUGUCUUUCCUUUUUUAUUCUUCGCAGGCCAUUUUUGAGUCGUUUUAUCGAUCGGUCAUCGUAGUUUGUUUAACUGGUUUUAUUAAGGGAGUAAGUAAUUGAUUUUCUCGGUCUUAGUCUCCAUGCUCAAAGUUGCCCUGUCAGAAUGAUGGAACUUGUGUACCUCUGUACCGGACAAACAGCUACAAGUGUCGCUGUUCGAAAGCAUAUACAGGAAGCCAUUGCGAAAAAGGUAAAGUUUUGAUUUCUAGAACAAUAUUUUCAGAAAUAUUUCGCGCGCGUGCAUGUGGUGUCUGAUUCCCACUGAGCCAUCAUUCAUCGUCAUUUUACUUCACACAGAUUUGUUUUUGUAAACAGAGAUUUAACCAUUUUAAUUCAUUUUCUCUAUUCUUUUACAUCAGUUGAUAAUGGCUGCAGCUGUUCCUCAGGACCAGAAGGAAAACAGAGAUGCAAAAUAGGUCAGUUAAUAUUCCACCAUCAAUUAAGGUAGCUUGAAACAGUUUUCCGACACACCUAGCUACAACAAAAAAUUUCUCUUUACGAAGUCGCACGAAAGUCAUACGUGUUCACAGUGAUUGAAGUUUGAAGUAAUGGGCGUUUCAAGGCAACCACAAUUGAUAUGCUAGUACAUGGGGAAAUCCCGUCACACAGCUUUUUGUGUCGAUCCCGUUAAAUCUUUCAUAUAUUUUUCUCAACUUAAGAAUUCUGUUUUCUGAGCUAGACGUCGUUACUGAGUGAAUUUCAUCAUAUCAUAUUCAACCGUUUCGAAAUCAUGACUCCGUUGAAUUAACUCUUUACCGUAAAAGCAAGCCUCAAAUCAAGUUUUACUGAAUAAAUCACAAUAAUCUUACAUCUGACAAAUUUUCAAUGGGUUCUGAGCUAUUGUGUUAAAUUUGAACCAGUUCCUUAUUUAACUAAUUUACAGUUAUCUGUUGGUUUUCUUUCGGAAAUAACUCUAUAAAAUUUGUCCUAAUUUUGCUUUCUUGAAAUACAGAAGUGUACAUUACAUCAGAAUCAAGAAUGACUUCGAGAGCCGUGAAAGAAAGCCAACUGUGUUUCACGGUAGCGCAAUAAACCCACGACAGUCGUUUAUGUUUUCUUUGUUUUGUACGUCCUCUACCAAUUUUUGCGACUCAACCGCCGGCAUUUUCUAAAAAUUGGGAACUCUGUUAGUCCGCGCGGGUAGCUAAUUCGAACUCAGGAUUCGCUUAACUUCACAUUGUCCACAGCCGCUGCCAGCGAUAUAACGCAUGGUUUCAUGUAUUGUAUUUUGCUGUAGUUUUAUCGCCUUCGUUACGCGCUUAGUGCGACGGUUAAUUAAGAGAAGUUUGUUAUUAUCCUACGAUAAAAUAGAAAGUAUCUCGGAAGAGAAAAUUUAAUUUCACGGCAAAGUUUUGCAAUGGCUAAGAACACGUUGAAAAUUCGUCAGAUCAAACGUUAUUGGGAUAAACUCCGUAAACUUGAUUUAGAGCUCGGUAUAUGAAUAAUUUAGCGUAGAAUCUGAAAAAUUAAGAGUCAUUUUGAAAAACAAUGGUCUAAUUUGUUGAUAUUUUCUCAAAUUUGAGGAUAUGGCCCAAAAAGCAUUUUCCUGCGGUUGAGGACAAAAUCUAUCAAACAUUCUACGAGAUCAAACCAAAAACCUCUUCAACGGUAUUUCCCCAUAACAUACGCAUAUCAAUAGUGAUUGCCAUGACACCCGCUACUUCAAACUUUAACCAUUUGGUGAUCACAUGUGUGAAAGUCGUUCGACCGCAAAUGAAUGCAGUCGGUAGGUGUUUAGAAAAACCGUAAAAAGUAGACACAAACGCGCGCGCGCGCACACGCAGAAUAGGCUAAGAGACGCGUCCGAUAUUCUGUUCACUAGUAAGUGACAACUUCUUGUUUUGCCUUCUUUACCCUAUGCUGUAACCAUGACAUCUAUACGAAGAUCUUCAUAUUCUUCAUCGUUAAAAAAUACAUUAUGACCUUAGAUAGUUGAUGAGGACGCAGCCCGAACUGCUACCUUGCAAAGAUAGUGGGGGUAAAUUAUCAGUUGCCUAGGUAGAGCUGCACAUCGUUCAAAACUUGACAACAAUUCGGGAUUGAGUCUUAUUCUAUGUUGCUUACAAAUAAACACUGUUGGGCUAUUUGCUAGACAAGCGUGCGCCAUUUGAGAAGAACACUAGAAUAUUAGUACAAAUACCGAAUACUUCUGACGUGGAAAAUUAAUUAAAGAAAGCGCAGUUGCUCGAACAACUGUCUAAAAUGUAUGCAAUUUAUUUCCUCUGUUAUAGAGUACCUGAUGAUAUUUCCGGGGCUGCGUUCCACCGAAAAUUACGCCAUGAAGAAUCCAGCCAUAGCUUCAGAUCUUAGUCAGUUCUCUCUGUGUUUCUUCAUCAAACUUGUUCAAGACCAAGGGGCCCAGAUAGUCGUCAGCUAUGCCACUGAAAACCAUCACAAUGAAAUGACUGUCGUAAUCUAUCCAUCACUAACACAUUUAUUUGUUGGCAAUAUGUUGUUUCGGUAAUGCUGCAUAUAUUUUUUAACAGUCGCUCGGAGAAUUUCUUAUUUGAGUCACGAUAAGUCAUGAUACAGGAAAUGCUACGAUCGGCUUCUUCCUCCUAGAUAGUUAACGUCUAACAGUUGGAGGGACGGAGAAAGUUAAUCAUGGAAACAAACGAAAAUCUUUUUUCUCUUUUCUAGUCAAGAUUUAAAUACCAAAUAUGUUAAUCUUUGACCAAAUGAAUUUUAGACGUAUUUUCCUUACCCUUUGCAAAUAACUAAUCACAGAGACUCUACGGUGAGCGAGGUCUCUAUUUUAUAGGUAAUUUCAUAAAUAAGAGACUGAACGAUUAAGUGAAUGAUAAACGAUUGAUUGACUGACUGACAGUUUACUGACUGUUUUAUUGAUUAACUACUUACUGACAAACUGAAUGACUAUUGACUAGGUUAGUGACAAUUCAAAAGGAGGGUCUUGAAUGAUCGAAUAUAUUUAGUAUUGUUCACUUUUUGUUCCGUUUUGUUUCAGGUUUACCUCGACAAAUCUCUACGAUGAUACCUGGCAACACCUGUGUCUCACCUGGGAAAACACUCAAGGAGAAGGGAAACUCUACAGAGAUGGCCAAAUCACCAGACAGCUAACGAUCAAUACCACAAAGAAUUAUGCACUUAAGGCUGGCGGCGCUUUAGUGCUUGGACAGGACCAAGACUCUGUUGGCGGAGGCUUUGAUCGUACGCAAAUUUUUCAUGGCCGAUUGGCAAGUGUCAACAUGUGGGGUAAAGUUCUGUCCGAAAGCGACAUUGCCGCUCAGUACACAAAUUGCAGCGUACCCCACGGUUCUGUUCUUAACUGGUCUAUAUUCAAAAAUCUUGCUCGUGGCAAUGUCACAGUUGAAUAG